CUAAAUUACUCCAACGAAAAGUGCUAUUUACAAUACUCACGUGAAUGGAUAACCGAUGCUUUUCUGUUUUGGUAAAGAUGAGAGCUGAGCGACUACUCUAAGUGGUCCAUUCACCUUAGUCAUAGGUAACCUUCGUCCGCGAAAGUUCCUAAGUGAAAUAACUUGGAUUCUCUGAGAUGGUACAAUUGGAAAUGGAAUCAAAUGGGUGGGAUCUCGAGUUUGUUCGUUAAUGUGAAGAUCAUAGUAAGAGUUUUUUUAUGAAGAUGAAUCAUUUAAUGUAUCAUGCAAAUGAUAAAUUCAUAUAGGAUGACUACGAAAUUGUGUUUUGUAACAUGAUAAACAUGUCUCACUCACAUUCUCAUGCAUAUAGUUGAGUUAUUUUCUAAUGUUUCAUAGUUUAGUGACCAUUUUGUGACUUUCCCUUGCCAUAUGGGUUCCUACAGAAAAUAAAAUUCCAUUACGAUAAAUUGCAUAAAACGAGGAAGAAGGCCGAGGCAGCCGCAGAACAAAGCGAAGCGGGGGGAAAGGAAGAAGAAAAGCAAAGGGAAAAAGGCACACAAGGUUGAACGAGAAUGACGAAAGACCGAGGAGGAGGAGGAGGAGGAGGUGAAGAAGAAGAAGAAGAUAUAGUUUGUUUGGAUGAAUCGUUCUUUAUCAAUGACGAUUACCAAUUGACGACUUUCACAUUUGGGUCUCAUGUUCUUCAGCUACUCUGCCUUCACUCUGCUUCCACUGAUUUUGAUUUGACAGGGCAACUGGUGUGGCCUGGUGCCACAAUCUUAAACAAUUAUCUCUCUAAUCAUACCGAGAUGCUUCGGGGUUGUUCUGUGCUUGAGUUAGGAUCUGGUGUGGGUGUCACUGGGAUUCUUUGCAGUAGAUUCUGUUCAAGAGUCGUGUUAACGGACCACAAUGAUGAAGUUCUCAAGAUCCUUAAUAAGAACAUAGAGAUUCAGUCGUCCUCUGAGAAUCCUUAUCCUUGUGCUGAAUUACAUGCUGCGAAACUAGACUGGGGGAACUUGGAUCGAGCAAGCGAAAUUCUCCAAAAAUCGAAUGGUGGUUUCGAUCUGAUUCUCGGAGCCGAUAUCUGUUUUCAGCAGUCAAGCAUCUGUCCGCUUUUUGACACUGUGCAACAGUUGCUUCGCUUUCAAAGAGGCAAAACCAAGUUCAUACUGGCUUAUGUAUCCCGAGCUAAAGCGAUGGACUCAUUAGUAAUUAAACAAGCUGAGCAACAUGGAAUGAAGGUGAAGGAAGUAACUGGUACUCGAUCCAUUGUAGGCAACCAUGAAGGAGUCAUCUUUGACAUUUCGCUUGAGUAGUGAAGCAAUGAAUCUAUCUCGUUUUUCUAUCUUCGCUUGGGGACAGAUAUCAAGUUUGCAGACCUUGGGAGGUUUCCAGAAGAUUAUGUGCACAAAUCGAGAUUGCUUGUGGCUGAUGAAUGAACUAGCAGGACGUCC